GAUCUCUUUUUGAAUGAAUGAACAAAAUAUUCAAAGAGACUAUGUUGCUCUCUUCUUCUCACCAUGAUAGAAAGCACAUUUGGAUGGGGAAUAUCACGCGUGUGACAGAGUUUGUUCUCGUGGGAUUUCCAAACYGCUAUGAAGUGGAGAUCAUCUUCUUUAUGCUGUUCCUGCUUGCUUAUUUAGUGACUGUUUUGGGAAAUGCUCUUAUCAUUGUGCUGGUCUAUAYUGACUGUCAUCUACAUUCUCCCAUGUAUUACUUCCUCAGUAAUUUGUCCUUCAUUGAGAUCUCCAUGACUUCCUCUGUUGUGCCAAAAAUGCUGGCAAACUUGCUGUCAGAGAAGAGGGCCAUUUCCUACUUAGGAUGUGCUGCCCAGGUCUUUUUCCUCUUUUUCCUCCUUUCAGCAGAGUGUUCUCUUCUCACUGUCAUGGCCUAUGACCGCUUUGCAGCCAUCUGCAGACCCCUGCACUACGAGAUCCUCAUGAGCAGCAGAGCUUGUGCCAAAAUGGCAGCAGCUGCCUGGGGCAGUGGUGUUCUCAAUGCUCUCCUGCACACUGCCAACACAUUUUCAAUACCACUCUGCCAAGGCAAUGUCAUGGAGAAGUUCUUCUGUGAAGUUCCCCAACUCCUCAAGCUCUCCUGCUCAGACUCCUACCUCAGGGAAGCUGCUGUUAUGGUAUUUACUCUUUGUUUAGUGGUUGGGUGCUUUGUUUUUGGUGUGUUGUCCUAUGUGCAGAUCUUCAGAGCUGUGCUGAGGAUCCCCUCUGAGCAGGGUCGACACAAAGUCUUCUCCAUGUGCCUCCCUCACCUGGCUGUAACCUCCCUUUCUCUCAGCACCAUCAUGAUUGCCUACCUCAAGCCCCCCUCCAUUUCCUCCCCAGCCCUGGAUCUAAGGGUGGCUGUUCUGUAUGCAGUUGUGCCUCGUUCCAUGAACCCCCUCAUCUACAGCUUGAGGAACAAGGAGCUCAAGGAUGCACUGAGAAAAUUGCUUCAGCGGGUACAAUGUCAGCACCA